AUGGAUGAAGUUAUUAAAUUGAUUUGUCACAUUUUGCCUCAGUUGUCACCAGAAGUGUUAGAAAACACUCAAGAUAAAUUAGUUGAAAUAGGAGUUGGGGAUGUCAUUGAUUUACAACAUCUUGAAGAAAAUGACCUUACUUUAGUUCUUAGACCUAUUCAGAUUCGUAAAUUACUGCAGCACUUCAAAGCAGGUGUGUAUUGAAAUUUAGGAAAUAUAGACUCACCCAUUAUUGCAUUUAAAUCAAUUUUUAUUUUGAGACUGUAUCAAACUUUCAAUUAAUAUUAAUUCUGCUAUUUAUUACUAUAUAUUUCCUGCUGAAUUUCUUCAGACUAAACUAAGCUUCUUUGCAAUAAAAACUCACUGGUGUUUGAUGGAUUACAGCUCACUAUACCUCUUGCGAGAAAAUUCAGCGGAGUUUAAUAGGUUAUCCAGGGCCAAGUACUGCUGUCAUUGUCUAAUAAAUAUGCUUCGAUCUACUUUUACUUUGUUGUUUAGUUAAAAAUCUUAUUUUAGAAUCACUCAGGUCACCUUCCUCUAGCAAGGACAACUCCAUAACGACACCAGCAAAUUUGAAUGAGAGUCUCGGUAGCUCGUCGAGCUCUAGCAGAAGUUCUCCAAUGCUCUUUGGGGACACAGACACGCAAUCUGAUGUAGAUGAUAUUAGCAAAACGAAAUGUACGGCUAAACCUUGCACCUAUUGGAUAAACGAUUACAAGAUCCCUUGGAAUAUGUUUUCGAAGACGCUAUUAGAAGCUUGCACCCGAAAGGCUCGACCAAAACCUCGUGAACGACGUGAAAUGAUCAGAAUCCUUUGCGAUGAUAUAAGAGGAUUUGCAGCAGUUCCUGGAAGAAAGAAUCUGUCACGAAUAGCACAAAUGAUGGUGGCAAAAUACAAAGAUUCAUUCUGUGAUGUUAUUGGCGAUUCUGUGAUUGGUUCUGGACAUGAAUCCUUAUUAAGACAGAUGGAAGAAAGAAUUGCUAAUUUAAACAGAAAAGUUGGUAAACCUGCAGCUAAGUUAAGUAUUUCCAGCGAUGAUGAGGAUUCUGAACCAAAGAGCAAAUCUCGAAAAACGGUUAUUCACGACUCAUAUGGUUGUGUGAAUUGGCAGCCAGAGUCGUUACCUACUGAUGAAACCACGGACACCCAAGAGUCAAAACAAGAUUGGCUUAUGGAGGAAUUUCGAAAGAAAGAACAGGAUAGAAAGAAGGUUUUGUUGUUCAUGGAGAAUACGUACACUUCACAGCGUUUGGUGAUUAAUAGGAAUAACCCAGAUAGCCCAAUUGGAGAAGUUAAAGAUAAAUGGCCCUUCCUUUUUGAAAAGGAAUGUAUGUUUCUUCAUUUUGAGCAGUUGAUGGGAUUCAAGAUACAAGAUGUCAUGCAAGCGAGUCUAGCGAGUAAAGCUAAAAUCAUAGUGGAAUAUUUGAGACAAAAUCACAUACAGAAAAAGAAGAUUAAGCAAGUGUUGUGGAGAAUCGAAGCUGCUAUGUCGUCGAAGAAAGACCAGCAGCCUGUGAUGAUUGGUGUAUUCUUGCUGCUCUUGGCAUAUUUUGAAGAAAAACAAGAAUUAAUGAUCAGAUCAGAUGUAGAUGUAAGUUUCAAUUGUAACUGUUAUGUAAUGUAUUACGUAUGCACUCCUAUAUAGCCAGCCAAGCAUUUGUAUUAACAGACAUAUAAUAACUGGCUAUAUGGAAGGUAUUAACAUACAGGCAUUUAACUGAAUUAAAUAUUAAAUAUCUAACAGCUUAUCAGCUAGUGUCAAUAACCUUUGUAAUUUUAAGAACCGAGGUAAGUUUCUGAAGAAUGGUUCAGCGUUUUGUGGAGUCACUUGUAAAUCACAUCAGGGUAAUUCCAUGGUGACUCAUGUUACAUUCUGAACCAAACUAUCAGAGCCAUUUUGAACUGGUGUAAUAACUAAUGUAUUUUUUAUGUCACAUUUUUGCAUGUAUGUACAAGUAGUACAGUAGCUACUGAUUCACAGUAAAAAUUAAACAUUUGAUUAUAACAUGAUAAGGUUGGUGGCCGUAAAUUGGUGUGUGACCCCUGUUACGACAAAGUGACAUGACGUAGCUAAUACCAACCUAACUACUUCUGAAUUUCUUCGGGAACCAUAGGAAGGAGGAACAUACAAUGUCUAUCGUGUAACAGACUAUUUGUUAGGCAAACUACCAACACAAAGAAUUUUUUUAUUUUGGAUUACAAUAGUAAGGAUUGCUUCAUAAUACAUGUGACUCAUGUUACGUCACUCAUGUUACAUAUAAAAUACAGCUUCAUAUUUCAGUUCAGAAUUGUUUCCAAUAGCUUCUGAAAAUUCUUGGCAACUUUUUUUUUCAAAAAAUGUCAUCACUACUAUGGAAUUACCCAUCAAUGCAUAUUUGAGAUAAAGUUCUUUUGAUUGAUUCUCCGCAUUGUAAGUUGACAUACGUAUAUGGCUGAGAAUCAAUCAAAAGAACUUUGUCUCAAGUUAGCAUGCAUUGAUGUGUACAAGAUACUCCUCAAAACGUUGAACCAUACAUUCUUAAAGUUAACAGACGUUUUGAUAAGCAGUGAAAAAUUUAAUUCAGUUUUAUUAUCCAUUUUGAAUGUUGUUAGAAGGGUUCUUCUGAAGGAAUGUUGUGUAUGUGAAAUGUAAAUUGACUAAUACUUUUUGUAAUUUUCUGAUUAAGGAAACUGUCAGCAAUGAAGAAAUACUUAAACAAUGUCCAAAGUCGCCAUUUUUAGUUAUAUUUGGUAAGCAAUGUACAGUAAUGUAUAAGUGCUAAUGAAAUCAAUUCAACCUCACUCCAAUUUUGUUAGACUUAACAUGUUACUCAAUUAACAGCUAGCAAUGUGCCUAGAUGCGCCUAUGUUAGCAUGUUACUUUCUCUAACGCCAGAUGAUUUAACUCGUCAUUGGAAGAGUUGACUGCCAGUUAAUGGGUUAACAGAACUGUACUAUCUGCCACUGUCUCUUGCAACCCAUUAUCUGGCAAUGAACCCGAACACACCUUAACUUUAGUAUUUUACUCUGUCUAAUGCCAGAUGAUUUUACUUGUCAAUGGAAGAGUACUGACAUUUUAAACGGGGACCACGGAACAAUUUUUGGUUGAUGGGCCAAAGGCAGAGCUUCCUAUGGGUGGGGGAGGGGGACCCAAUAGGGAAUCUUAUAAGUCUGUCAGAGCCCCGGACAUGCAAUCAAGUAUUCACCAGUUGCAGUUUAAAACGUUGUAACGGAUUAUAAUUUACCACAAUUCUAUCCCAAAUUAAUUAAUUACAGGAAAUCACAGACCUGUGACUACAACCAUGCUAUAAUCUGACGAAUAUUUCAAAAUGUUGUCUUCAAAGUUAUUUCGUGCUGUCUCUUUUCAACAAGUUUAUUUUCAGUGCAAAAACUUUAUUUAUUUUUGCUGUCUUUUGAUGGAAUUUUUGCUUGGUACCUAUAUGCGCUACUCAAGAAUGCUGCAUGUUGUGACCUCGCUUUCAUGUAAUGCCACUGUUUGCUUUUGUAUAUUACAGUUCUGUUAGUUGGUGGGCUAGCCCAUCAACAGAGGCAGUUCACAUCCAUUUAAUUAUGCCCUAAUUAGAACACUGGUGUCUCAUUAAGACAAAAAAUCGAACAAAAUUCUACCUGUUUUUGAAAGCUUUGCUCCAAUUUUGUUUCAUAUGCACUGAAACUAUGUAACUAUGUAAUGUAUACACUAUAGUGACUUGUUACAACACUUUUAUUCUUUUAUAUUUUCGAUAGAUGAAACACUAUUGGCCAAUAGAUGCUCUCUUGUGGUGGAUGGCAUUAUUGUGAAUGAGAAGCUUGUAGGUUUUAUAGAGGGGUUAAUGGUGAUGUUUGCGUCGUACUACAUUUUCAACAUUGUUUAUCCGGAAGAGUUAGCUUCGACUUUGGAGUUUAUUCAGAGGUUAGUAGAAUGUAAUGAUUUUUAUGCUCUCUGUAUGAUUUCAUUUGCCAGUAUGUAGUCCAUGUUGGACAAAUUUCAUUGAUUGUUUUGAAGGAAGAAAUUGAUUUCAACCUUGUAAGAUAGUCUCUUUAAUCUUGACCGUCUCAAUCCCCAUGUACCAUGAACACAAACGCCCUUAUCGAAUCUGAUAAUUUGCUUUUGAAUGUCACCUUACUCCCUCAGCCACUAAUUGAGAAAUUUCAGUGACCAGAAAUCUUACCAGUAAUUGUUGAUUUUAUAUUACUUAGGGAAAAUGACCCGAACUUUUGCUAGAACAUUUCUGUGAAUUAGUGGACUUGUAAUUUUAAAAUGUAUUUUGCAAUUCAAACAUAAUCGUACAACGUACGAAAAAUCAACCUCUAAAAACGAAAAUUUUAGUUAUGACACUGCCAUUAUGUUCAUGCUUUUAAAAAUUAAUUUAGUGUUUUUUGUCUUUAUCAUAGAUGUUUUCUUGGUCUUAACCCUGAAAAAGGAAGCAAACGAAGCAAAACGAAAGGGAAGAAAAACAAUGUCAAUCCAAAAGUGCUGUCUUUGGCAAACUCCUUAAAGGACUUUCAGAGUCAAUGGACAAUCUAG